AUGGUCGACUUGCGACGUCUGUUUGGAGGCCCUUCUGCAAAAACCCCACCACCCUUGGUGGAGGGUGACGAAGUCUACCCCGUACAUAUGCUAGACGAUACUAAGGCGCUCCGAGACAUUGUCGUUGUAUGGACGCUGCGCUUCAACGACGUACUGGACGCGGAGAAGCUGCACGCUUCACUGUCCAAACUGUUAGGGAUUGGAGACUGGAGAAAGCUUGGAGGUCGGUUGAGACUAAAGGAGAAUGGGCAUUUGGAAAUACAUGUCCCGCAGCCCUUCACCGAAGACAGACCUUCCGUCUCUUACAGCCACCAAACCCUAGCCGUGGAUAUCGAAGACCAUCCGCUGGCGAAGACUCUCCCAAAAGCUACCGAGGUCCCGUCCAUUCAGCCUGGGCCUGAGAGUUUUCGAGCCUUUGCGGCACCACAUGAUGCGCCAGCUACGCUCGAAGAUUUCAUCUACGACGACAAACCCCAGCUGUCGCUAUUCAUCACUUUGUUUAAUAACGCAACACUCGUGGCACUCUCAUGGCCACACACUCUUAUGGAUGUGAUGGGCCAGCAGGCGCUCCUGCGUGCCUGGUCCCUGGUUCUAGCCGGCCAGGAGUCAGAAGUACCGCCCAUGCUCGGUGCGAGAGAGGACGUGCUAUACGCAGCCGCAGACACAGCCGUGGAGAAAGAGGAGUUCAAGUUAGGGCAAACGCGGUUGAAAGGAUGGGCCAUGCUGAAGUUCGGGCUGCGAUAUGCCUGGGAUCUGUGGUGGGACCGCUCCGUCGAAACGCGCACCAUCUUCUUACCGAAGAGAGUGGUGGCCGAAUUGCAACUCCAGGCGCAGCGUGAUCUGACCGCCCAGGGUGACGGGGAAGAGCGGCCCUAUUUGAGUGAGGGCGACGUGCUAACAGCGUGGGCAGUGCGCGCAGCGGCUUCCUCAUUUCCGCAGCCCCGGCCGGUGACGGUGCUCCAUCCGCUCAACACACGAUUCCGACUUCCAUCACUGGUUCAGGCGUCGGGCGUUUAUGUGCAGAACAUGGCAGUGGCAGCUUUCACAUUCCUGUCUUCCGAGGUAGCGAGGGGCCCUCUUGGGCUCAUUGCUCUGGUAAACCGGCAACAUCUCAUGGACCAAUCGACAGAGGCUCAGGUGCUGGCCUUCCUUCGCGAGCUGCGACGGGAAUCGAAUUCGGCCAGUGACCCGGCGCUGCUCUGCGGCGAGUCUGAUGCAUUGCUGAUGCCCUUCACCAACUGGACACGGGCGGAUCUCUUUACAACUGCCGACUUCAGCCCCGCAGUCGUACGUGUCGGUGAGAUCGGCCAGUUGAGGAGUAACCCGCCUGGCACCGUGGUAUUCCACCACGCGCAAUCGAUGCGUCAGAGCCCGAUCGUCAGGAAUGUGAUCGUUGUGCUAGGCAAGGACCGUGGCGAUAAUUAUUGGCUGACUGGAACCCUGUUGUCAUCGGCCUGGGCCAAAAUUGAGGAGGGGAUAAAUAAUAUGCAACAAUAG